GGUGAAGGUGCCUGUCUCUUCAUAUCCUAUCAGUGACCACGUUUCUUUAACCGCCGUCUUCCAAGUCUUAUCCAUAUUUUUCCAAGAGACAAGUGAUACAAGAUGAUGCUGGUGCCGCUGGCCGUAGUGCUCCUCGCGGCGUUCGCCAACGCCGAGCCGGCGAUCAAUGAAGCUCGACCGCACAGUAACCGACCUGGAAGAUUCUUGUCUCUUCCGAUACCGCAAAAGUGCGCAAAUCGGCCAAAGCAGUUUAACUUCCGAGGGCACAACUAUUUCUACAGCGGGCACGUGCCAGCUCAUGCCAAUCAGAAGGUGGACUGGUUAGACGCUAGAAACAUUUGCAGGGAGUACUGCAUGGAUCUCAUUUCGAUAGAAACCCAAGAAGAAAAUAAUAUGGUCUUUAGGCUCAUCCAGCAGAACGACGUUCCUUACAUCUGGACGUCCGGACGUCUCUGCGACUUCAAGGGCUGCGAGAAUCGACGUGACCUCGAGCCCAAGGCCCUGUACGGCUGGUUCUGGUCGGCGAAUCGCGAGAAGAUGGCACCCACCAACCAGGCGCCGAACGGCUGGGGUUUCAAUCCGUGGUCGCAGACCGGCCACAAGAAGGUCAGGCAGCCGGACAAUGCCGAGUAUGACAUCAACGGCACCAACGAGUCCUGCCUGUCCGUCCUGAACAACGUUUACAAUGACGGCAUCGCCUGGCACGAUGUUGCGUGUUACCAUGAGAAACCGUUUGUCUGCGAGGACUCUGAGGAGUUGCUCAACUACGUGGCCAGCACCAACCGCGGUAUUCGCCUCUAAAGCGAUCGCGGUCAGCCGACACCUACGUGGUGAUCAUGCGAUCGUCCAUCAGCGUCAUAUCAGCACUUUCCUUCUAUACUUCCCGUCGCGGAGCCGACGAGACACGUGCCGAAUAGGGACGCGGCAAUUUCCACGUGGCGAUUCUUGGUUCUUGGAUGAUCACGGAGAAUCUUUUACAAUCGUGUUAGAUAUGACAUAAAAAAAAACUUCGCGUGAUUCUUUCGUAAUUAAAGUAAAAUUAUAAUUUAUAUAUAAUAACGAUCUUUUUUAUAAUUAUAUUUUAUAAUAAAGUAUUGUAAUGUAGUGUAUAGUGUUUUCGAUCGAGUGUCAUCCGAAAUAAAAACUCGCUAGAAUUAUAAUUUUAUUGUCUAAAGUCUUUUUUUUUUAUUAAUUCACACAUCACUGCCGACAUCCUGUAUGAAUUUCCAUGAUGUGAUCAUCGGAGAAUCAUUUAUACGAGAUUUUCUAAAAAGUAAAAUUAGAAAAAGCAAUUUGUCGGAUAUCACGCGCUUGUAUAAAAUAUCAGUAAUUCGUUUAAUUUACAUCCUAUUCUAAUCAUUUUAAUGAAUUUUAAAAACGCGAUAUUAAAAAUGUCAAACAGAAGCGAAAGUGUAGAAUUAAUAAAAUGUGCGAGUAAUUUUUUAUUGUAUAGCGACUAAUUCAAUCUAAACUUAUUCGGUACUGUGACUUUAAUAUGAAUUGCUCCAUUUGAAUAAAAAUAAACGUAUUUAUUACUGCAAUUGUACUUGUGAAAGUUUGUAGUAUGAAAAAAAUGUAUUUUGCUAGAUUAUUGAACAAACGUGUCUCGUCACUGCGCUCUUUCUGCACUCAUCGUAUCGAAGAAACUCAACAAUAAUUUUAUACUUUGUUUAAUUUGUAAUCACAGUAUCCGCUGAAGAGAGUAAUUAAUUGUGUACAUGUAUUUAUUGAUAUAAAUUUGGCUGGCAGUCUCUGUACAUUUAUGAAUAAACGUUAAUCUUAUGUAAAUUAUA